GGUCCUCAUUUGUUUUCUAGUGAGAGUUUGUAAAUAAUAACAAACUAGUGCUUUCCCAUAUGUCCAAUGAAUUGUUAGAGAUCUAGAAGUAACUGGCCGGGUACCAUGAUAGUUAACUAUGUGUUCCUUGUGUGGACCUCCUUCUUCACAUUUUUCUAUGGGGCCCACUUAACAGUUGAGGCUGUUUCCAAGUACCCCAAGCUUUUAAUCAUUUCUAUGGAUGCAUUUAGACCAGGCUAUGUUGAUGAUUGCUUAACUCCAACAAUUGUCAAGUUGCGCAGCUCUGGUGUUUAUGCUCCCUACAUAAGGAACGUCUUCCCGACCAAAACCUUUCCCAACCAUCACAGCAUUGCGACUGGAGUAUUUCCAGAAGUCCAUGGCGUGUUGGAUAGCACUGUGUACACUUCAAAAGAUAGCUGCUGUUCCAAUCGCACUCUCAUUGGAUACAGCUAUGAAUUAUACCACUAUAACAAUGACAUCCUUCCCAUAUGGACUUUGAAUCAACUUGCUGGCAAGGGGCGACACAGUGGAGUUAUGAUGUGGCCAGGAGGUGAAUUUCCAUAUGGCUGUAAGAAAACCACGCCAACAUUUUCUCAGAAAUGGAACCUCAAUACUUCUUAUCAAGAUCGUGUCGAUGCUGUGAUGUCAUGGUUCACUCAUAAGGAAACACCAGCAAAUUUAGUUAUGCUGUACUUUGAAGAGCCAGACUUUCAUGGACACGCAUUUGGCAUUGAUUCACUUGAAGUUCGUGAUCAGGUCAAGCGAUUGGAUAGGUCUUUGGAUUAUAUUUUUCAACAGCUCAAGAAGCACGGUCUUGAUGAACUUGUUACUGUGUUUGCUCUGAGCGAUCAUGGCAUGGUGAAUCUCAACCAAAACAACAUAAUAGAUCUGAACCGUUAUGUUGAUAACUCAACGUAUGUGAUGGCUGGGUAUUCCCCAGUGCUCCAAAUUUUCCCAAGUGAAGGAAAGGAAUGGGAUGUAUUGUCUGGUUUGAAGAAGGCACAUUCAGACCAUAAAAAUAAAUUCAAUGUGUAUACUCGUGAAGAUAUUCCCAGUGAAUGGCAUUACGCUGCUAACAACCGGACACCCCCAAUUUUAGUGGUUGCCAAUGAAGGCUUUGCAUUUCAAGAUUUCUACAAAAAUAUUGAUGCGGAGAACAAAAGAUUUGACAUUGAACCCAACCCAAGAAACAAAUAUGGUAUUCAUGGAUAUAGCAAUUCAGUCUUGUCUAUGUUUCCAGUAUUUUUUGCUUGGGGACCCUUAGUAAAAUCUGGAAUGGUGCUAGACCCCUUUAAUAAUACACAAUUGUAUCCUUUGUGGGCUUACAUAUUGAACCUGGAGUUGGAGCAUGAAGUUUACUCCAGGCCCAAUUUCAGUAUGCUGCGCUCAAGUACCUCAUCUGUGGGCAAAUUCAAUCCAGCAAUAACAAAACCGAAUGUUGUACUGCAGGUGCCUUUUAACACGACAAGAGGCCAAUUGAAUGCUGGAGCACCAAUAUGGACGUACUGGUUUGCAGGUUUGAUUGCUGUGACACUUAUAAUUGUUAUCACAGGAGUUGUUGCUCUGUUUUGUAGAAGUCUAUCGCAUAGAACAUCCGAGCCCAUAAUUCCUCAAGUUCAGAGGAAUGAUGUAGAAAACCAACAUCUGCUUGUGUCUGAAUCCGAGGAUGAGUUGAGACUUUGACAAUUCUAAUGUAGAAUAAUCAGCUAUGUAACUGCCGUCCAUCCAGUUGAGAGCCACUUUUAGCUCGGUGUUUGGUUUGUUUUUAACUUAAUUUUGUUUAUUUCAAUACGUUCAAAAUUUUCUACUAAUUGCAAUCAAUUUACUUGUUGUCUUGCUUAAGCUUUAUUUCUUAACUCAGAACUUUCAACCGGUGUUUACUUUUGCAAAUUUUGAGUGUAUGUUGUUAUUUAUUGUUCAAGUUUUGGUUUGAUCAAGGCUGUGAAUCUAGUCACUUUUGGGGAAAUUAGACAGACUGCCAUGUGGGAUGGGAUAUUAUGUCUAGUGAAAUGGAAAUCAAAUCCUUGAGCACAUGACACUCAGGGUUUCUUCUUCUUUGUUCUUACCACUGACAUUGGGUACCUGAUAUUAUAUAGGAAGAUAAUUAUUUAUGUAUGACUGCAAUUGUUCUAAUUUAAAUCUUAUUUCCUUAUGUUUAAGGAAUUUUAUUAAUGAGGUUAACUGAAGGCAAAUUAAAAUAUCAUUGAUAAAAAGUU